CUCCCCCCGGGUCAGCUGACUUUGUCAUUUUGUCUGUCCUGGAGCAGAGCCUUCCCUAUAACAAUCUAGUUCAGACCUUACAAACUGGAGACAGAAAUAAAUAUUAAAGAAAUCACACAAGCCAGGUAUAGCAAGAGGCGAUGAAUUCCUAUUUUACCAACCCAUCUUUAUCCUGCCAUCUCACCAGUGGCCAAGAGGUGCUUCCCAACGUAGCCCUCAAUUCCACUGCCUAUGACCCUGUCAGGCAUUUUUCUACUUAUGGAGCAGCCGUUGCUCAAAACCGGAUUUAUUCAUCUCCUUUUUAUUCACCGCAAGAUAAUGUUGUGUUUAGCUCCAGCCGAGGACCUUAUGAUUAUGGAUCUAAUGCUUUUUACCAAGAAAAAGACAUGCUUUCUAGCUGCAGGCAAAAUUCUAUGGGACAUAAUACACAGACAUCAAUCGCACAGGAUUUUACCAGUGACCAAAACAGGAACACUUCGCAAGAACAAAAAACUAGCAUUCAAAUAUACCCCUGGAUGCAACGUAUGAACUCCCACAGUG